UAAGCUAAGCUCUGGCGACGUGGGUCCUGUAGCUGCUGCACAUCUCCACUAUAAAUCUGCCCUCUCGCCUCCGUAAUCACAGGCCACUCUCUUCGCCCUCGCCUCCGUUCCGCUCCACACCUAACACCUAGCUAGCUAGCUCGACCGACCGAGCGAGCAUGUACCCCGCCGAGCUCGCCAGCGUCCCGUACCUCUCCGCUGCGACUGCAACGGCGGCCUUCAGGCCUCAUUGCCAGGUGGCUCCGGACGACUUCCUCUUCCAGUACGGCGGCGGCGGGCUCAUGGUUCCUCGGGCGUCGUCCUACCAGCAGCACGACGUCGUCGGCCAGCUGCUCCACGAGGCCGCCGCCGGCGGCGGCCUCCUCCUCCCGUUCGGGGCCAGGCCGUCCAACUCGGACGAGUCGGACGAGUGCCACCACCACCACCACCAGGCGGCGCGCUGCGGCGGCAGCCUCGCGGAGGAGCGGCGGCGGCGGCGGAUGGUGUCGAACCGGGAGUCGGCGCGGCGGUCGCGCAUGAGGAAGCAGAAGCAGCUGAGCGAGCUGUGGGCGCAGGUGGUGCACCUCCGCGGCGCCAACCGCCAGCUGCUCGACCAGCUCAACCGCGUCAUCCGGGACUGCGGCCGCGUGCUGCGCGACAACUCCGGCCUCAGGGCCGAGCAGGCCAAACUGCAGGAGCGGCUCGAGGAGCUCCCUGCUGUGCCGGCGGCCGUGGCCGUGGCGGUGGAGGGCGCGGGAGAAGUUGAGCUUGAUGCUGCCCAGGGUGACAUGAUCGACUAGAUGAUGAUCGAUGUUAUUAGUAUAUGAGAACUUGAAUUACCAUUUUUGUACCUCUGCUCCGCUGCUCGAUGUGGGACGCCAUUGUUAGCAUGUACGUAUUCUUUUAGACAUACCAGUGUUGGCAUGUACUACUACUAGUACUAGUGGUUCCAAAUAAGAAAAUGCUGGCAUGUAGUGGUGACCUUUCCAGUUUCUUUCAUAAUCUUCUGUCAUCGUCAUGUAGUACAAAGGAGGAACUUCAUGCUCUCCUUUUUUAUUUUUCCCAAGGGCCAUGGCAAAAAUUUGCGAGUGCUAUAUAUCUCCGCAAA